GACCGACACCCUGACCCCGACAUGGAGGGGGGCCAGGGGCCCAGACUUAGAGACUUCCUGAGUGGGAGCCUGGCCACCUGGGUGCAGGGACUGGCUGAGCUGGUGGGGGAGGCGGAGGAAACUUCUGAGACAGAGGAGGAAGAAGGGCCUCUUAGGCCAGAAAAGCGGUUCCUGUGGCUCAGCAAUGGGGCUCUCCUCCUCCGGGUGCUGGGCAUCAUUGCUCCCAGUGCCCGAGGGGGGCUUCGGAUGGCCAGUAGCCAUGAUGGACCUGAGGCCUGUAGGGUAUGGAACCUGAGCCAGCUGUGGACCCGACUGAGGGACUUCUACCAGGAAGAGCUGCAGCUUCUGGUCUUGUGGCCACCUCCAGAUCUCCAGACAUUGGGGUUUGACCCCCUCUCAGAGGAGGCGGUGGAGGGGCUGGAAGGCCUGCUUCGGCUGCUGCUGGGGGCAUCAGUGCAGUGUGAGCAGCGGGAACUCUUCAUCCGCCACAUUCAGGGGCUAAGCCUUGAGGUUCAGAGUGAUCUGGCCGCUGCCAUCCAGGAGGUGACCCAGCCUGGGGCUGGUGUGGUGCUGACACUGGCUGGACCAGAGCCCGGGGAGCUGGCACCGUCAGAGUUGGAGAUACUGUCCCGGAGCCUAAUGGGGACACUGUCCAAGCUGGCCAAGGAGAGGGACCUGGGGGCUCAGAGGCUGGUGGACUUGCUGCUGCAGCAGAGGUGGGUUCCCUUGCUGCCCGAGGCUCCUGUCAGGGCUCCCACAGAUGGCCCGCACCACCUGACACUGCAGCUGGCAAAUGCCAAGGCCCAGUUGCGGCGCUUGAGGCAGGAGCUGGAGGAGAAGGCUGAGCUGCUGUUGGACUCUCAGACUGAAGUACAGGGCCUGGAGGCUGAAAUUCGAAGACUCCGUCAGGAGACCCAGGCCCUGUCAGGACAAGCCAAGCGAGCAGAGCUGUUCCGAGAGGAGGCAGAGGCCCUCCGGCAGAGGGCGGGCCGCGUGUCCCGACUGCAAGAGGAGCUGGGGCGCUGUCGUGAGCGACUUCAGGCUGCUGAGGCUUGCAAGAGCCAGCUGGAGGAGGAGCGCAUGCUCUCACAGGCUCUGGAGGCCUCAAAGGCACUGCUGGAAGAGCAGCUGGAGGCUGCCCGAGAGCGCUGUGCUCGACUCCAUGAGGCCCAGCGUGAGAACCUGCUGCUACGUGCCCGGCUAGGCGAGGCUCACACGGAGCUGGACUCUCUGAGGCAUCAGGUGAACCAGCUCACAGAAGAGAAUGUGGAGCUGGAGCUGGAACUCUGCCGGAGUCUGGAGCCACCUUUGAACUCUCCUGUAGUGGCACCCCUGCCCAGAACAGCCCCAUCACUGCAGGAUGAGGUGAGGGAGGCAGAAGCAGGGCAGCUGCGAACCCUGGAGCGGGAGAACCAGGAGCUUCGAGGCCUGCUUCAGGUGCUGCAGAGGCAGCAAGGUGAUCAGCACCCCCUGCUGGAGGAGCAGAGUGGAGAGCCUGUGCUUCUGGUACUGGAUGGCACCCCACGGACACCCCUGGGCUCUGAUCACAAUUCCCAGGGCUCAGAUGGCCAGGUGGGGGAUCAAGACCCCCAGCCGGAUCCUCCUUCAUCAGACUCAUGCCUGGAGGGGUCAGCUGAGAGUCUCCAGGCCUCUGAUUCAUGCCAAGAGUUGACAGAGAGGCCCUUCCAGGCAUCUGCUCCAGCCCCCCAGACUUCACACUUGCCCCCCCAAGAGUCAGAUGCUGGCAUAGAGACACAAGAGUCCCUGGAGAAGACUAGACCCAGAGCCCUUCUCCAGUUACCCACUUCUGUAGCCCCACAUCAGGGUCCAGAGAUCAAAGUAGAGGAUCAGCAGUUGCUGGGAGGAGAGACUGGAGAGAUGCAGGCUCCCCAAAAGGAGUUGAUGCCUGAGGCCCAGGGUCUGAGACAGGAGGCUGCUGAGCACAAGCGAGGCUUCUCAGAGCUCAGCCACAGUGAGUUGCUAGAGAAGCAGGAGCCUGUGGGCCAGGGACUGGACGAGUCUACCAGACACACAGAGGCCCAAGGGCAUGAGCGGUGGCUGGAGGGGAUGGUCAGAGAGCCAGCCCCUCCAUUAGCACAGCAGACAUCUGAAGGAGCUCCUGAUGUCAGGGCCUGGGAAGGGCAGAUUCUGGGGGAAGCCCUGGGUGGUGGUGUCUCAGAGCAGCAGGCCCUCAGGGAGGAUGUGGCUCGGCUGAGGACAGAGGCCACAGCCCUGGAGGCUGAACUGGAGGCCCAGGCCCGAAGGCUGGAGGCCCGAGGUGCAGAGGUGGCCCGCCUCUCUGAGGAGCUGGCCCAUGCGCAAAGGGCAGAGGCUGAAGCCCACCAGGAGGUGGAGGCCCAUGCUCGAGAACAGACCCGGCUUCGAGAAGCUGUGGAGGCAGCUGGCCGGGAGUUGGAGGCUGCAUCCCGGGAGCGGGAGGUGCUGGCAGAGGCUUUGGCAGUAGCAGGCCGAGAGCGGAGACAAUGGGAACGUGAGGGGCCCAGGCUACGGGCCCGGGCUGAGGCUGCGGAGGAGCGGGUGCAGGCACUGGAAAGCCAGGGCCAAGGCUACCUGGAGGAGGCUGAGCGGGAACACCGGGAAAAGCAGGCCCUCAGGGAGGAGCUUGAGAAGGCCAUGGCACGGGGCCAGGAGCUGGGAUCCCGGCUGGAGCACCUGCAGCAGGAGCUGGAGCAGGCGGCUCAGGAGCGCCAGAAGUUUCUUUGGGAGCAGGAGAACCAGCAGCAGAGGUACCAGGGCCUGGAGCAGCGGCUAGAGGCUGAGCUGCAGGCGGCAGCCACUAGCAAGGAGGAGGCACUGUUGGAGCUCAAGAGCCGGGCUUUGAAGCUGGAGGAGGAGCUGCUCCAGCUGCGCCAGGGCCCUGUGGGGCUGGGUCCCGAGGGACACUCUGAGCCACAGAUUGCAGCAGCCCAGGGUAGCCGGCUCAUUGAGGUAGAGCGCAGUAAUGCAACACUGGUGGCUGAGAAGGCAGCGCUUCAGGGACAACUUCAGCACCUGGAGGGGCAGCUGGGGGACCUGCAGGGCCGGGCCCAGGAGCUGCUGCAGCAGAGUCAACGGGCACAGGAGCACAGCAGCCGCUUACAGGCUGAGAAGUCUGUGCUGGAGCUGCAGGGCCAAGAGCUGCACCAGAAGCUGGGGGUGCUGGAGGCAGAGGUUCUUGCAGCGCGGCAGGCCCAUGAGGAGGCUCGAGGGCAGCAGCAGGCCCUGCUGCGGGACCACGAAGCCCUGGUGCAGCUGCAGCGGCGGCAGGAGGCUGAGCUGGAGGGCCUGCUGAGCCGGCACCGUGACCUCAAGAACAAUAUGCGGGCACUAGAGCUGGCCCACCGGGAGCUGCAGGGCCGGCAUGAGCAGCUGCAGGCCCAGCGGGCCAAUGUGGAGGCACAGGAGGUGGCCCUGUUGGCUGAGCGUGAGCGCCUAAUGCAGGAUGGACAUCGGCAGCGAGGCAUGGAAGAAGAGCUGCGGAGGCUGCAGAGUGAGCAUGACAGAGCUCAGAUACUGUUGGCGGAGGUGUCUCGGGAACGUGGGGAGCUGCAGGGUGAGCGUGGGGAGCUGAAGGGGCGACUGGCAAGGCUGGAGCUGGAGAGGGCACAGCUUGAAGUGCAGAGCCAGAAGCUGCGUGAGUCCAACCAGCAGCUGGACUUGAGUGCCUGCCGGCUGGCCACACAAUGCGAGCUGCUGACAGAGCUGCGGAGCGCCCAGGAGGAGGAGAACCGGCAGCUGCUGGCCGAGGUGCAGGCUCUAAGCCGGGAGAACAGAGAGCUGCUGGAGCGCAGUCUGGAGAGCCGGGACCACCUGCACCGUGAGCAACGCGAGUACCUAGACCAGCUUAAUGCUCUUCGCCGCGAGAAGCAGAAGCUGGUAGAGAAGAUCAUGGACCAGUAUCGAGUGCUGGAGCCUGGGCCCCUGCCCCGGACCAAGAAGGGCAGCUGGCUGGCAGACAAGGUGAAGAGGCUGAUGCGGCCCCGGCGGGAGGGGGGCCCCCAUGGGGGGCCACGCCUGGGGGCCGAUGGGGCUGGCAGCACCGAGAGCCUGGGGGGCAUCCCAGAGGCUGAGCUCCCUGAGGGCAGGGAGGCAGAUGGGACAGGAGCCCCUUCACCAGCACCCAUGCGCCGGGCCCAGAGUUCACUCUGCCUACGAGAGACCCUGGCUGGUGGCAGGCAGCGGCGGAAACUCAGUUCCCGGUUCCCCACGGGGCGAAGCUCUGAGUCAUUCAGCCCAGGGGACACCCCCCGGCAGAGGUUCCGCCAGCGCCGUCCGGGCCCCCUGGGAGCACCUAGCACCCACAGCAAAGGUGUGGAAUGGGACGGCUCCACCAAGACCCCCCAGGAACAUGAAGCAGAUGCCAGCAGAGAGAGCUUCGAGGAGCAGGAACCGAAGAAAUGUCCCCUCACCCCGUCCCUCAGCCAGUGACACUGUGGGGAGAAGGAGCUUGGAAGUACAGCCCUCUCGUCGACGUAGUAUUAGUGGAGGCCCCAGGCAGCAUCAGAGCUCGGGGGACUGGA